AUGGUUUACACCAUGAAAUUCUAUACCGACGGUGGCUGCAGACGCAAUGGACGACCGGGCGCAGUCGGCGCCGCUGCUGCCGUUCAGCAGCGCAGAUGGGGGAAGAUCAAAACUUGGAGAAAAUCAUUACCAGCAUACCCAAGACCUACAAACCAACGGGCCGAAAUCACGGGCAUCAUCUUGGCACUGAUACAAGCUCUCAAACGGCAUCAAGAGCUAUACGGACGGCCGAGCUUCCGGGUUACGAUCUAUACCGAUUCCAAAUAUGCUAUUGGGUGCAUGAACGAGUGGAUUUACAAAUGGGUCGAAAACGGAUGGAUCAAUGCGGCAGGCAACGAGGUUGCAAAUCGGGAUCUUAUUGAGAUGGCUUUCGAUCUUCAUGAAACAUUGGCAGACCUUGGAAAGGUGAGAUAUCGCUGGAUUCCGAGGGAGGAGAAUCAGCUGGCAGAUGAACUAUGCAACGACGACAUGGAUGAGCAAGAAUCCUGA